GACCGCGGUCACACUCGACAUGAUGGACAUGAAAGGCGUACUCGACCACAAUGGCCGUUCAGUAUACGGCCCCGAUGCAGAGAAGACGGCAGAGAUAUCAAAGGAUACGGCGGAGAUUGCACCGUGGCUAAUGCCCGACGAAGCAGUGAGUUUCUGCUCGCAGUUUGUGGUGUUCGGGACCAUUGUCGGUUGAGGGAAGG